AUGGACCUCCCAACUAUUAACAGUACAACAAGUAUUUCCGAUAAUGUGGAUUUAAAAAACUACUAUGACGACUUACUGUUUAAGAACAACAGUGGAAAAUCACUAUCAGAUUUACCCCGUAAAUUGAAUGAUAAGUCCGAUAACUCAGGAAACGGUACAGUUGAUCCGCUCGCUGGUUUGAAUAACUUGAGAAAUUCAAUAAAAAGCAGUGGAAAUGGCAUGGAAAAUAGAAGGACUUUUGACGAUAUUGAUUUUGUUAAUAGGUUUUCGUAUUUACCACCACCGCCACCACCACAUCAACAGCAACAACCGUUUUCCCACCAAAAUGGAUUCCUCCAAGAACAGCCUCCCAGAACUUUAACUUCUUUUCAAAUGUCAUCUUCUAAUUCAGAGCCGAUGGCCACUCCACCUGCUUCAUCCGGUGACAAUCAUUUAGAUCCGACUCUCAUGGGGUAUCAAGCUCAACAACAGUUGUUUCCACAGUUUAAUGGGAAUUCAUUUCGCUCAAAUGGAAAUGAGCUGCUGGAAAAUGGAAGAGACGUAAACUAUAUGCGUUUAAUGAAUAAGGCAAAUACAGGUCUUACUUCGAACGGUGGGAAAGGCUUUGCUGCCCCAUCUCAUAGUGCCGGUAAUCCCUCUAACAUUAACAACCAACAACAGUCACCAUUCAAUUGGCAACAAUCAUUACAUCCCGGAUCUUCCAUUAGGAGAUCAUCCUAUAUAUCAGACACGUUAAUCAACCAUCAAAUCCCUCAGGUUCAGCAUGAGCACGCAGCGCAACCACAUCGGCAACCACAUCAAGCUUUCAAUCUAUUUAAUAGCAGGUUCAGUUAUGAUAUGAACUCUGCUCAUUUAACCCCGGAAGGCGUUUCCGAUUUUAGGAAUAGUGUACCUCCCCCUCCAUACUCCUACGAUAAUGAUGUCAAUAAUGGCAACAUCAACAACAAUAGUAACUACCCUAACAUGAUAUCAACCCAACAGUAUCGCCGGAACACACAACCUGUGGCAAACUUCAACCCAAACCCUCCCACCUUCCAACAACAACCAAGAAAUUCCAAUGUAACCAAUCCUUUGAAUGGGGAACGCAUCGAUGAUACUCAGCUUGUUGGACUGCAAAGAAGCAGCUCUGUUCCCUCUUCAACAGAUGCGAAUAACUUCCAGAAAGAUAACGCCAAUGAGGAGAGCGUUUCAUUGGACAACGGCUUAGUUCUAAUCCAAGGCAAACACUUGACUUCCUCUAAGACUUUGCACGAUUUAUACAGUGACUGCGGUAGUGGCUAUUUUUCUAGCUCUGCAGUUUUUGAAUUCACAGACAAUAUCAAGAAAAUGUUGAAAUUGCAUGAUUCUAAUGAAAGCUAUGACGGCAAGAAUAUGAGUUUAAUUGAUGAAGAAGGUAAUAAGUAUCAGUCUCUAUUGAACUUUUUAGAUGUUCUAAGGAGCUGUAACUUGAACUAUGUUAAUGAUCCAGAAACGAAUAAUGGGGUUAUGACCAAUAAUGGAAACAGUAAAAACAGAAGAAAGGGGUCUUUUACUACAGAUUUAUCAUCUAGAAAUGGUAACAAUUCAUUCUUACCCUAUACACCACUGGUGUUGGUCGCUUUGAAAAAUGGAAAACUAGAAUUACUAUCCACUCCUCAAUCUACCAACUUGUUAAUGAAAAGAGGUGACUUAGUUAUCAUUGAUGGUGACCGUGGAAGGGACUUGGUUUUGGUUGUUGAACCAAGUGUUGAUUUGAAUUUGGCGUUAUUUAUAAACUUUCUCAAGAAGAAAAUUCAUUUUGACUCUUUAAUUACGAGCGAGUCGCAGCACUAUCGUAACGAUGAGUUUAUUCAAAUGUUAGUUGACUCAAAAAGAGGCCAAAAGAAAAGACUAAAUCCUAAACUAUAUGACGUUGUUGAGUUGACUGAAUUGAUUAUACCAUCUAAGCAAGUCUUAAGGUUUGCCACUCCGUGGGAAGUAACGACGAAUUUGCACAACAAAUUUGAAGAUGAACUAAAAGCCUUACAUAUUGCCCAAACAAAGUUACAGGCUCUGAAUGAUAAUUUGAAACCCCAAAAUAAUAAUGACAGUAAUUUUUCAAAUACUGCAAAUCACUCUAAGCCAAAGUUGAACAUCAAAAUCCUCAAUGCGGAGUUUCAAUUUGAUAGAAAAAAAUUAACGUUCUACUAUGUUUGUGAGGAGAGAAAUGAUUUUAGAGACUUGAUAAAAGAGUUGUUCAAGUAUUAUAAGACAAGGAUUUGGUUAUGUGCGAUCCCAAACAAUUUGUCUAUUGAUACGAAGUACUACGAUCACCAACAAAAAGAGCUGAAAUUAUAUCAAGACAUAGUGAAGAAUUACAACACUGAAGACCUAAUGAAUGUUAAUGAGUUCUCACAAAAUAGGACAAACAAUAGAAUGAACUUUGCACCUCCAUUAAACGAAGUUCAACUCGACAAAUUUCAGAUUGCUGUUUAUAAAGAAUUAGUUCAUGAAUUAUUUCAUUGA